AUUAUUUUUAAUUGAUUGGAUUAACAAUGCAACUGCUGUGUGCUAUACCAAAAAACUUUAAUCCAAAUUCCACAGCUUGUGACAUUUCAUGUUUUGUCAUAUAUAAAUGAAUAAAUAAACCGGAAUAUGCUGUGAAUAUUUAGUGAUUUGGAAUGUUGACAGCCUUUGUUCUGUUAUCAUAACUCCAUACUACUUUGUGCAGUAAGGCUCUGGUGAUGUGAUUGAAUUUCACUGCAUUAAUGCGGCUGGAGGCUUGCCUCAGCCUCUUGAAUGUUUUUGUGUAUGCUAAAAUUAUUCAUGCAUUACUAUUUGUGAUGUAAUUAUUAUUCAUACCUGUUUGUUGGUAUAAAUAGUGACAUUUUUGUACAUUGAGGGAGUGAAAAACAUUCUGAUAAGAAAUUAGAGAGAUUGCUGGUUGGGCAAAUUGAUUGCGUGAAGAAGACAAAGCAGCUGCAUGAGUUGGUCCACUGGAGAUUGUACAUCUUCACAGCAUUCUUAGUUACAGCAAUUUUUUUAUCCAGUUAUGCUACUCAAUACUGUUGCAUUACUAUUAGGAGUGGAACUUAUUCUGCUCUACUCUGGAUUGGCAGAUGGUGUUAUCACUAACUUUCAGUGUACUGAUGGGCCAGUAUGUGCAGGGGAUAGCAUAGAAUGCAGGUGCACAACAGAUACUGGCACUUUAGAAUGGUUCAUAAGUUACAGCCUAGUAGAACCUUUAAAGUGGAACCUAAUCCCAGUAGUUUCGUUUUUUAGAAACAAAACUGAGUCUGAAGGAUAUUAUGGUUAUAAUUUCACAUUUAAUACAACUUAUACAGGUCUGAACACUUCAAUACUGACCUUUAAUCUUAAUCACUCUGAGAGUGUACUCAUUGAAUGUGCAAAUGGAGAAGUGAUUCAUAAAAUGAACACAACAGUUACUGAUUUAGGUUAUUAUGCAAAAGCACCGACAAACUUAACAACAACCUUCAAUCCAAGUCGAAUUACUUUAGAAUGGGAGGACACUGGGAAUAACUGUACUUCUACUGUGUAUCAAGUGACACUUAAUGCUACAAUGACCAGUGAAUUGACCUAUCAUAAUACUAACAAGACAACCAUAUUUAUAAACUCAAGUGAACUAAACAUAACAGAAGUCUAUACAUACACUGUUAGAGGGUGGAAUGGACAGCAAAGUAACAUCAGUAACCCAUUCACACUUGGUCCUAUUAAUGUGACAGAUGUCGUUAUAAUAAAUGUAACUGAAGCUAUUAAUACUGAUCCUUGUAAGAAUAAUAGUUGCUGUGCUAAUGUUACACUGAAUAUAAUACUGGAAUUAUCAGAAUCAGAUACAAGUUUGAAGUAUCCAAUCCAGAACUACAGCAUAUCAUACCAUUCCAUUACCGAAAAUAUGGCAGUAACAUAUAAAUUUCGUGCAACAGUGUUAAUGCCUGGAGUAGUACUAAAAUACAAUGAGGCCUAUUGCCUUACAGUUACACCAAUGAAUAAUUUCAGCACAGGAGAGCCAAAAAAUGUUAACAUAACGAUUGAUGAAUAUCAAUGUCCACCAUCAGAAAAUAAUGGAAAUGGUGGCUUAAGUGCAGGAGCAGUGGCCGGAAUUAUCAUUGGAGCCAUAGCUAUCAUAGUUACACUAUUUUUAGUAGCUACCAUAUAUUAGCUAUAUACAAAUACAGAUAAAUAAUAUUAUUUUAUUUAAGUAAUUUUUAAAUUUAUUAUGUACUAAGAGUACAUCAUGUGUAAAAAAAGAAUUG